AGCGGUGUUAAAAAAAUAAAAAUAUGUUAUUUUCUCUUAGCUGUGAAGGAAUUUCUCUACGCAAUAUAAUCGCUGUUUUGACUAUAUGUAUGCGAGUAUAAUAAAAACCGCCCACCACCCAUCACCAAUAUUUUCUUUUUACGAGCCUGCGAGCGUUACAAAAUUGUAAUUCACAACACUAAAUUUGAGACCGACGAUAGUGCCAGUGGCCAACAGCGCCAAUUAAAGUUAAUUAAAUAUUAAAACAUUUAAUCACGCCAAAACAACGGUUUAAGUCUAAGGAUCACAUAAUAAUGCCACCAUUGAAGACAUACUCGCCACACAACGAAUUCAAUGCAAAUUGUCACAAUGGCAAUAGUACAACUGACGAAGGUGAAAGUAAUACAUCGGCCGCUGCCGCAACAGCAUCUUCAAACCUAAGUGAUAUUUGUGGUGCUGUAAGUAAUGCAGGUGCACAACAACGCGCUUCACUGCCUUGUUACAGCAAUGCACAAUUUCCAUUCAAAGUGCUAGCUAAUUUAAAUCAAUUACGUGCAGAAUCGCGUUUCUGUGACGUAGAAAUUGUUGCUGGUGGUAUUACAUUCAAUGCACAUAGGGCAGUAUUAAGCGCGGCCAGCGCCUACUUUGAGGCAAUGUUCCGCCCUGAACUUGGUUUGAAUGAAGUGAAUCAAAAGUCAGUGGUGUUGCACACCAUAGAUGGCGAGAUCUUAAGCAUUCUACUAGAUUUUAUAUACACAGGACGAUGUGAAAUUACACAGUCUAAUGUUCAAGAGCUAUUAGCUGCAGCUGAUAUGCUACAGUUGCCGGAAGUUGUUGACGGCUGCUGCGACUUUCUCUGCCGCGAAUUACAUGCCACCAACGCAUUGGGCAUUCUCCGCUUUGCAGAAGCUCAUAAUUGUGAGACUUUAAAGAAAAGUGCAUUGAACUUUGUGCACUCAAACUUUCCGGCGAUAACCCUCGAAGAUGAAUUUUUAGACACACCACAAACUCUACUCGCUCAGCUACUUACUUCCGAGCAACUGCGUGUCGAUUCUGAAUCUCAAGUUUUCCAAGCGGCCCUACGUUGGAUAAAACAUGAUGUUACUCAACGUCGUUGCUACGUCUUCGACACGCUAUCACAUGUGCGUUUAGCACUUGUACCCGUCAAAGUAAUCGAUCAGGCAUUGAAGGAUUGCCGCGAUAUGUCCGUAAAGAUUGCCUUACGUUCUAUUUGUCGCGAUAUAGCCUCGAAGCGUGGCCAAUUAGUGCCACUACGUGUCUGUCCGCGUCAACAAGCUAAAAAGAACAUCUAUAUAAUUGGUGGUUCGCGACGUGAGUCACAACGUGACUGGACACCGUCCGAUUGUAUUUUCGAAACAGUCGCAAAGUUCGAUAUCUUUCGACGAGAGUGGUCCGAAACGGCACCAAUGGAAAUCGGACGCAUUCUGCCUGGUGUGGCUGCGUUGAAUGGAAAAAUAUAUGUCAUAGGUGGCGAACGUGGAUCUCAAAUUCUGGCUAACGGUGAAGUAUAUGACCCACAAACUGAUGUAUGGACACCGAUAGCACCAAUGAUUGUGCCGCGUUGUGAGUUUGGUCUAUGCACCUUUGGUGGCACACUGCUGGCGGUAGGCGGCUGGUUAGGUGACGAUAUAGGCGGUUCAAUUGAGUGCUAUGAUCCUGAAAAAAAUGGAUGGAGCAAGUUGGGGGAGUUGCCAGAACCACGUUUUAGUAUGGGCGUAGUAAGUUUUGAAGGACUUAUUUAUAUAGUUGGUGGCUGCACAACAUCAAGUCGUCAUUUGCCCGAUUUAAUAAGUUUCAAUCCCAUAACUCUCGAUUGGCAACCGAUGGCACGUAUGCGCACCGCCCGCUGUCAAAUGGGUGUAGCCGUGCUAAAUCGUCAUCUCUACGUAGUGGGCGGCAACAGUAGUUCACAGGAUGUGCUGAGCACAGUUGAGCGUUACAGUUUCGACGAUAAUAAGUGGGAGAGUGUGUGCUCUAUGUCUGUACCACGUGCUAUACCCGCUGUAGCUGCUGCUGAUGGGCUACUCUAUGUGGCUGGCGGCGAUCAGCCAUGCGAGGAUAACUUUUAUCGUGCUCAUAUCACAAUCAACGCCGUGGAAGCAUAUGAUCCCCUGACUGACACUUGGAAGAAUUGCCCUGAUUUGCCUGUUGGGCGCUCGGAGGCUGGCGCUGUCGUUGUUUAACGCAUAUUUAUGCAUAGCAACGUGACACUUUUGGGCAAUAACAACUGCUGCGUUUAUAUCGUUGUGCGUUUAGUGAAAAUUAUGAAGUGUUUUACGAAACGUAUGCGAUAAAUUUAAUAUACGAUAGAUAGGGUAUGCAUUUGUAUUAUAUGUAUUUCCUGAUUUCAUAAUAUUAUGAUUUUUUAAAAUAUUUUUACAUUCUAAAUAUAAAAUUAAAAUUAAGAUUUCGCAUUAAUAAGCCACAACUAUUCAUAUUACUUGAAAAUAUUAUUUUUGUAUAUUAUGAAUUUAUUAGAGUGCGAAUUGGAACGCCCUUAAACUCUUAGGGUUGCAAAUUUUUUAAUUGAAAAAUGUUGCAUUAAAAUUAAUUCAAUUUUUAAUUUUAAUUUUUUAUUAUAAGUUAAAUUUUCUUUGCUUAUUCAUAAUUUAUUUGAAACAACAACAAAAAAGUUUAUGGUUCUAAUUUCUGUUUUAAUAAUUGAGUUUAAAAAUUUUGUUUGGAAUUAAAAAUUCAAAAUUAUGAGAAAAUAUUACUGAUUUAAAAAUUUGAGUAACAAAUAGGAAAUUGUUUUCAAAUUAAAAACUGGAAUGGGAAAAAAGAAAAAUUGACAAAAUUCUAACCAAAAAACUGUAUUUAAAAUCAGUUAAAUAUCAAAGCGACAAGAACUAACAAACAAACUAUUUUAUUAAAAAUAAGCCUUAAUUUUGAAAAGUUAACAAAAGUGGUACGCAAACACGAAAAAAAAAUUCAAUCAAACUUUCUAUUGUUUGUGAUUGUUUUUUUUUUGAUCCGGUGUUUGGUAUUUUCGUUCCGAUAUUUGGAAUUGAACGUUGAAAAUUAUUUUUAAUUACGAAAUAAAUAAUAUUUAGUUCAAAUUUUAAUUCAAAUAUAUUGGAAUAAUUUGCAACCCUGAAAAUUAAAAUUAAAACGGCAACUACGUAUAAAAUUAAUAUAAACAAAACGUGCAAAUUGUUUUGAAAGUGCCUAACAUUGGUACGUAAACAUCAAUAAAUAAAUAAAUGAUACCAAAGUGAUCAAUAUAUUAUUUAAUGUUUUGUUGAACUUUUGAGCGCCAAGACUGUUGAAAAGUUCUUUCAAUUAUGUAUUUAUUCAAACCUUGCAGAAUUUUCUAAAAUGGAGUAAACAAAUAGGCUUCCAAUUGUAAUUGUUAACAAAACCUAAAUGAGAUAAAUAAAUACAGACAUAUGUCAAAUUUAGCAAGUAAAAUCGAAAUUCACCGUAUAUCUACAAAAAAUAUUUAAAAAGACUACAAAGUUAAUUUGAAACGCUAUAAUAUUAAAAAUUAUAAACUUACAUAUAACGGUGUCUUUUUCAUAACAAAACACAACAAAUGUAUGUAUGUAUGUAGGUAUCCUGUAGUGCGUAUUUAAAAUACUGUUAGCACUGUCCGUAAUAACUGCAAAUACAAAAUUAUCUGUGAAUAUGUUGUAACUAAUUGUAUUAAAAAAGCUUUUAUUAUACUAAAAUAGAAUGAAGUUAUGUGACACGUCUAAUUUAUGGUUGAACUAAUGUGUCUUUUUUUUGUAAUAACAGCAGCAAAUUAUGCUCAUAAUUUUUGCUUUCAAAAAACUUAAAACUGAGGAAAAAUCAAAUAAUAUAUAUACACAUACAUAUGUAAAGUAAAAUUUCAACGUUAACGCAUGGCUAAAAAAAAACAAAAACAAAAA